UGAUUUAAUUUUAAUUCGCAAAGGCUUAUCACUUCCUUCCACAUUUUCCUUAGGGUUUCUCUAUGGCGACGCAAACCAUUUCUCGCUCCUUCCUUCGCCGUCCGGCGAAAUCCCUCUCCUCUCUCUUCUUCACUCGAUCCUUCGCCUCAUCUGCUCCUCCUCCUCUCGCCAAAACUCCCGCGUCUUCUUCUUCUCUCUACGCGUCGUGCCGAUCCCGGCCCCUCGUCGCGGCCGCCGCCUUGUCCUCAUCCGUUGCUCGUCGCGGCGGCCUCGUGUCUUUCAAAGCUCUCUCGACGCAGGCUACGUCGUCUUCUCUGAACGAUCCGAACCCCAACUGGUCGAACAGGCCGCCGAAGGAGACGAUUCUGCUCGAUGGUUGCGAUUUCGAGCAUUGGCUUGUGGUUAUGGAGCCCCCCGAGGGAGAUGUUACGAGGGACGAGAUUAUUGAUGGUUAUAUCAAAACCCUUGCUCAGAUUCUCGGCAGUGAAGAAGAAGCGAGGAUGAAGAUCUACUCGGUUUCGACACGGUGCUACUUUGCUUUUGGAGCUCUUGUGUCUGAAGAUCUUUCUCACAAGCUCAAAGAGUUGCCAAAGGUGCGAUGGGUUCUUCCUGAUUCUUACCUUGAUGUGAGGAACAAAGACUAUGGAGGGGAACCUUUCAUUGAUGGGAAGGCUGUUCCUUAUGAUCCUAAGUACCAUGAGGAAUGGCAAAGGAACAACGCAAGAGCUAACGAAAGAAACAGGCGCAAUGAUCGUCCUCGCAACUUUGAUAAAAGCAGGAACUUUGAGAGGAGAAGAGAGAACAUGGCUGGAGGAGGCCCUCCUCCUCAACGUGGCUCUCCUCAGAACCACGGGGGACCACCACCUCCACCGAACAACUUGGGAGGACAGAGGCCACCCGCAAACUAUGGAGGAGCACCACCACCAAACUAUGGAGGAGGACCACCACCUAACUAUGGAGGAGCGCCACCACAGAACAACAUGGGAGGUGUACCACCACCAAACUAUGGAGGAGCAGCGCCGCCACCGAACUAUGGAGGAGCACCACCACCAAACUAUGGAGGAGGACCACCACCUAACUACGGAGGAGCGCCACCACAGAACAACAUGGGGGGUGUACCACCACCGAACUAUGGAGGAGCACCACCGCAGAACAGCAUGGGAGGAGGAGGUCCACCAAAUGCAGGAUGGUCAGGCAACAACAACAACAACCAGCAGCAGCCACAGUAUCAGAACAACUAUCCACCAAACCGGGAUGGCAGGGGGAACCCUUACCAGGGUUAAAAGUAGUUGAACCAGUCGUGGGUUUUCUUUAUAAUCAUGCAUUUUGGAUGAUGUAUAGAUCAUCUGAGGAAGGGGAAGGAAAGUGCAAUAGCAAGACUUAAAAAAUUCCUUUUGUCGUUUAUCAGCCUGAUAUCAUGUGAGAGAAUAGCCUUGAGUGGCAUGGUUAGAACGUUUGUUUAUUUUUUUUUAGUUUAUAGGAUCUUGAGAGUUCUUAAGUGGUUCACAUGGAGGCCAUAUGUUGUUGGUUCAUCCUUGUCUGACUGGUGCUCCUAAGUUAAAGUAUGAAUUUAGUUUUAUCUUUCGUAGUUGA